AUGGCCGCCCCGGAGACCGAAGCGGAAGCGGCCGCUCGCGAGCGCAAGGACGCCAUGGACCGCAUUCUCGAGGAGGUCAACUUUGAGGAGAACUUUCAGCAGCUGCCUGAAUUUGACCCGACCACCAUGGUGGCGCCCAGUAGCGUGGUGACGCCCACGACGCCCUUGCAGUUGUCUCCGAGCAUGACCGCCGCCUUUGUCAGUUCUUACCGGAAGCGACAGCAGCGGAAGCAGCACCUGGCGGCGCUGGCCGCCGCUGCCACCUCGGCCAUUGUCAACAGCACUUCUGCUUCGGGCGGCGGAAACGGCGGAGGAAGUGGCGGCAACAGUCGCACGCCACCGGACAGCCUCUCACCGGCGGCGAUUGCUGCUGCAGCUGCCGCAGCCGGUCUGAAGACACCGGAAGCUGCCCUGCUCAGCGCCGGUCCCUCCAGCGCCAGCUCGGCAAACACCUUCUUUGGGCCAAAUUUUAACAUCACCGAGGCGAUCACCUCAACGAUGGGCGCUUCUGCCUCUUCUUCUGUGAUUGGAGGUGGUAGCAGUAGUCAGCUGUUGGGAACGCCCCUUCAGCAGGCAUUGCGAUCUCCGGUGUCUGCAGCGCACCUCGCACAGUUCCCGCUUGAUCUCAUCAACAGCGCUGCUGGUCUGCCCAGUUCACCGCGAACUCCGCUCGAUCCUGAAAUAAGUGGCACUUCAGUGUCGGCAGCGGCAGCAGCAGCUGUGGCCGCCGCCUCUACGCCAG